CUCUCUACCACUACUUCUACUUCUGUUUCAUUCGUUCUGGAAUCUCGCAAACUUGUUUGUUUACUUCUUCUCAAACUUACAUAUAUUAACCUUUCUUAUACUAUCAUGGCUUCCAGGGUGGUUUUUGUUUUGUUGAUGGCGGUGAUGUUGCUUGCCAUCAACUGUAACUGCACCAGUGUUGGUCACAUGCCUUCCACCAAAGAGGAAGGUCGUGAUUUUGACGAGGCUAAAGCCAAGACCACGCAAACAGCCAACAAGGCCAUGGACACUGGUAAAGAGGGGAAAGAAGCUGCAGAGUCAUGGACAGAAUGGGCUAAAGAGAAAAUCACCGAGGGACUUGGCUUCAAACAUGAUCAAGAACCCAAGGAAUCCACCACCAACAAAGUCUCCGACUACGCUACCGACACUGCACAGAGAUCAAAGGACUGUGCAGCUGACACUGCAAAGAACACCAAGGACUAUGUUGGUGAUGCUGCUCAGAAGACCAAGGAUUCUGCCACCGAUGCUGCCCAGAAGACUAAAGAUUAUGCUGCUCAGAAGACCAGCGAUGCUGCCAAAAAGACGAAAGAUUAUGCUGCUGAAAAAACCAAGGAAUAUGCCAGUGACGCUGGUGAUGCUGCAAAGAAUGCUGCAAAGAAAACCAAAGAUUACGGUGCUCAAAAGGUCAGCGAUGGAGCACAGAAGACCAAGGAGUAUGUCAGUGGUACUGCUCAAAAUGCAGGGCAGAAUAUCAAAGAUUAUGCAAAUGAUGCAGCACAGAAGACCAGAGAGUACACUGGUGAUGCAGCUCACAGGAGCAAAGAAGCUUCUGAUUAUGCCAGUGACACGGCUCAGAAGACCAAAUACUAUGUUGAUGAUGCUGCUCAGAGAAGCAAAGAGGCAUCUGAAUAUGCCAAUGAUGCGGCUCAGAGGAGCAAAGACUAUGCCAGUGAUGCUACCAGAAAAAGCAAAGAUGCUUCUGAUUAUGCCAGUGAAACGGCUCGGAAGACCAAUGAACAGGCCAGUGAUGCAGCUCAGAGAACCAAAGAGAAGCUCCAUGAAUUUGCUUCUGGUUGGUACACUAACUUCAAAAACAUUUCUGCUCUGCAACCGAGGCUGGUCAAUACAGUGCAGAGAAAGCGAGAGAAAUGAAGGAUGCAGCAGCACAGAAGGCUAGUGACAUAGCAAAAGCUGCCAAGAAAAAAUCAGAAGAAGUGAAAGAGAAUAUAAGGGAUGCUGAGCUUUGAAAUGGCUUGAUGGCCUUGAACUUUUAAUUAUACUACAAAAGUUGUCAAAUUCUGCAGAAAUAAUGUGUUGUGUUUGUAUAUGUGGGACUGUUUGUCUAUGAAGGGUGGAAUACUUUGUACUAAAUAUCUAGUAUUUUCUU